GGUUAAUGUUACUGCGCACAAUUUUACGGGAUUUAGUCGUGUGAAGUUAGUAGUUUUAAAUUGUUAAAAACAUAUUUAAAAUUUUGGUACUUAAAUAGAAAGAGUGGAACGUUAUUCCAUCAUUUUUAAAUUGAGAAUCGUUUUUGUUCUACAUAUAGGUACAAACCAGGAUUAAACAUGCGGAUAAAAGGCCUUACUCCACUUUUACUAAAUGACUUGAAGCCACAGAAACUAAAAAAUACAACAGUGGUCAUUGACGCACAAAGCGUAUUCUUCAGUUUGUACAAGAACGCACAUAUUCCGUACGUGUUCGGUUGCGAAAGUGACAAAUUCGCAAAAAUUUUAAAGACCUAUCUCGACAAAUUUAGAAAAGCUAACCUGAACUGCCACUUUGUCUUCAAAGGAGGACAUGCGGAUGAGAAAAAGCUCGAACAUCAUUUUGAAGCUGAGAAUCGCCUCCACGGACGAAACUAUAAUCCUAGCUUAGAACACAUGUAUGAUGACAUCGUCAAGCCAAUUUUUGCUAAAGAUAUUUGGUUUCAAACAUUGAAUGUUAUGGGCUUCAAGUAUGUCGUCUGUAAUGAUGACCACAUCACGGAGUGUAUCAAGCUUGCUCUAAAGCUCAAGUGUCCUCUUAUAGGCAAUAACAUGCAGUACUUUUUCUCACAAGUGGAGUACAUACCAGAAAUCAACACUACAUUGGAUGAAAAUAAAAACUUACUAUGUGGCACGUAUACGCUAUCCAACUUUCUGAGAACACAAAAUCUGACAGAGGAAAAGAUUAUUUUAUUCAUAAUGUUGGCUGAUCAACACAUUUUCGAAGAACAGGUUUUCAAGUCUUUCCUUAAAUCCAAUAAAUUGUUGACGCGAUACGACAAAAUAAACCUUAGAAGCCUAAUGACAUGGCUCUCAAAAAGAAGUACUACGCAAGUUGAAAAAGAGAUUUUUAAUGUUCUCUCCAAAUCUGAUCGAGAGGUAUACAAAGAAAAGAAAAGUGAUUUGGUGAAGUUGACGCAAGAGAGAAAGAAAUCUGAUUCAAAAAUGACCCUCUAUGUGACGGAUAAAAAUAAAGCUAAAUUCACACAAUCUGACCCAGACUGGUUCGAAAAAGGAGUAUUCUUCGAUUACAUCGCCAUACCUUACGUAAAUCUGUACAGGUACAAGGUUGUGAAAGCCUCUAACUUUAUAGAAGACUAUGAACAAGAAAACUCUAUAAUGGUUUCGAUAGAUAUCGUGAAAUAUGCUUUCGAUUUGCUGACGAACUUUGAAGGUGGUGAAAUUAAUGUUGAGCAUAAAAAAGAUGAGUCCAAUUGUGAUGACGAUCAGACACUAAAAUACGGAUUGUCUAUUCGCAAGCCAGAUUAUGAAGCGACGUUAAGCGUAUUCGAAAACGGCUGGGACAAUAUAAAAGAACUGAACCUUUUUAAGCAUUUUAUAACUGAAUCAUUGCAGACUUUCGACUUCGCUCGUCUGGAUGGGGCACCGGCGGACUCCAAGCUCCUUCUCAUUGCACUGGUGUAUUUCUCGCGAAAGAAACCCGAAGCAAAACUAGAAAUAUACAGUAUAUUGUUAUCCUACGUUAUGUUGGGCGUUGUUUUUGAGAAACUGAACAAAGAUGCCACCAAUUUUAUAGCUAAAAACGUAAGCAUUUCCGAAAAACCAUUUAUGGACUCAUUUACUGACAAGGAUUCAGUGACUGCAGCAGACUGUGAAGUCGCUGGAUCUCUGAUGAGUGAGUAUUUCAAGUUAAGAGACGAUGAGCGAUGUAAAAUAUUCAACAGGGAAGUCUUGCAUCCGUUGGUGGAAUUCACACGUUGCUUGGAAGAGUUAAAUUACCUAAACCAGUUGUGUGGAUCGGAGUUCGAUCCCACCAUUUAUAGAAAAACGAUCAACGGAACGUUCAUCUACAGGAUCCUGUAUGUGAUGAAGGGUCAGGAUGGUCUUGAGUUUAUCAAGAAAAAGUUAAACCCGGCGCCAACUGUUCUGGCAUUUUUAACUGGAAUGCUAGGGAUUUACGAAUCGAUUUUGUACGAAUACUAAUUCAAACUUACGUUUUUAGUUAAGUUCUCUAACUUUCAGCACACAACGAACAGGAGGUUUAGUAAGGUUGCCCAAGUCGACAACGCGGAUAGAUUUCGAGUAUCUAAACACUAUAAAGUCAGAGCAAAAAGGAUCGAAACUUCUUUUAUCGUAAGGUUUGAAUUCGUCCAUUCAUCUACAUGUCAAGUGAAAAAUCAUAAGACAGAAAUGUAAAGAAAUAAUUUAAAACAAUCAUCCUUACGCCUAUUUUACAUUGACGUUAUAGUGUUUCGAUGUUUGAAAUCUAUCUCUCAUGAAGUGCAAACUCGUAAUACCUAUGGAUACAAAUUCUAAAUCUUCAGAGUGGAACAGACAUGGCACGCGAUAGAAUCUGUCAACUCUGUAUGUGUAUACCAGGUUUUAUAAUUUGUUCAUGGCCUACUUCACUUAUCUCAGGUAGGUAGAUACUACGUGGUACUACUCUUCUGUUUUUGUUAAUUUAGAUUUACUAAUUAAUUAUUAUUAUAUUAUAUUGUGUUUUGUGGUACUAAUAAUGUACUAAUAGCGUACCUUGUGGAAGGUACCUAUUUUGUUUUUGAUAAAUAUAAAGCCAAAGAUUGAGAAUUAAA